CGGGGCGGGGGUGGGGGUGGGCAUAGAAGAAAUGGUCAAAGCGGAGGCCCGGGGCCUGACUUGAUACUUCCGGCGAUUAAGCGCGCGGUCAAAGACGACCCGCAUGCUCCGUUUCGUGAGCGGAUCGAUAUGGCAUCGCGUCGUUCCUCGGACCUCCGCCCGAGUCAACUUAAUUGAUCCCAUGGUCAUAAUCACAGAUGAUGGCCGUCCAACAUGGCGGUACAGUCGAUUUUCCAUAAUUGUUACACUAUGCUGCUCAUACGGGAUGCUCGCGAAGCUCGGCAUCGAGCCGAUGACGACGACUGCUUCUGAGCAUUCGGUAACGACUCGGUGUAACGACCGUCUGAUGGUCAGCAUCUACCUCCGGCUCGCUCGCUCGCGAGUUGUGCACUUCGUGAGUCUCUGCUGCUGCUGCUGCUGCUCGUUAAUGAUCAACUGCUCGUCGAGCGCAAGUAUGUGAUUAAUGAGCUACAUCUGGAGCGUGGACUCUUGGGAUUGAACGUCCGGCCGAUUAUGCCACGAGUUCAUAUUGCUUCGGCACCUUUGACUGUAUUCUCUCUCCAGAAAGUUUAGUUUAGCUCGAGCGGUCGCGAAGCGAGGACAAAGCUUCCACUGUGAUGUUACUGGAGCCGGCCUGAUGUCUAAUCGUUUCAUCCGCGUACGUUCUUGACCGGGUCUUCGUCCUUUUUGUCAUUUCUUAAGUCGGCGUUAUAACUUCGCGACUGCGUCCGGCCCGUGACUGUGAACAAGACUUGAACAGUCCUCUCAUCUCUAAAUAGUCGCAGGUGGAAGCUUUGGCAGCCAGUGUGAGCUCCUGGACCCUAUCCUUGGAUAACUACGUGCGUGGCAUGUAUUCCAAAAUGGACAUGGCAAGUUUAUAUCAUAUUUAUCGAAUGCAU